AUGUCAACCUUCGACGGCCUUGUGGCCGAGUUUCCCAAUAUCAGAGUGGACUUUUUCCGCCGCAGCCCUGGCCGAACGUCCCCUCUGGCCUGCUUCCUUUCUCAUAUCCAUAGCGACCACUUGGCUGGGUUGGAAAGCCUACGCUCGCCAUUCGUCUACUGCUCGGCGGCGACGAGAGAACUGCUGCUCCGCCUUGAGCGGUUUCCAUGCCGCAUCAAUUAUGCUAAAGGGAUUCUCGAGGCACGGAUCCAGACGUACAAACACCUUAAGAACUUGCUUAAACCUAUUCCUCUAGAGACACCGACCACCCUGGAGCUUGAACCGGGCAACCACAUCCAGGUUACCCUCUUCAACGCCAACCAUUGCCCAGGGGCGGUCAUGUUCUUAUUUGAGGCGCAAGGGAAAGCCGUACUCUACACCGGGGAUAUCCGUAGCGAGCCGUGGUUUGUCAAUGCCCUCAUGAGGAGCCCGUCUCUGGUGGAGUAUGCAUGCGGUUCCAAAUCGCUAGACACAAUCUACCUCGACACUUCCUUCAUUGAAGAUGUUGACUUUCAGACCAAAGCAGAAGGCAUUCAGGAGCUGCUGCAAAAGGUGGCAAAAUACCCUCCCGAAACAGUCUUUCAUUUCCAGGCUUGGACAUAUGGCUAUGAGGACGUCUGGGUGGCUCUCUCAAAGUCACUGGGCUCAAAGAUCCAUGUCGACGAGUACAAGAUGCGAGUCUACAACUCCCUCGUAAGCAAGGAUACGAGUAACAGAUAUGGGGCGGAAUUCCACCUAGCCCCUGAAGCCCCAGGACUGGUUGGAUUCAUGUGUGGAAACACACGGCAUGAAGGAUGCCUGACGACGGAUGAAAACGUGCGCUUACACAGCUGCGAAAAGGGCAACUAUUGUUCAACUGUCCAGAACGCGCCAGUUGUUUGGAUCCAGCCAAUCAUUACGCACCUGCCCAAUGGUCAAGAUGUUGCCGAAAUGGGUAUCGGUGGCGGAGGUGACGAUCUCGAGCGGGACGCCGAGCUGGACUCCUUGUCUCCCCAAGAAAUCCAGCAUCUGCUUCAAGUAAUCUGCGACAUUGACGAUAUACCGGACGAACUGAAGGAGAACAUUCGGGCUUUCUUGCUGAACGUUGUUGCCAGUGGCCGCAACAUCUCGCUUGACCUUGAGAUGUCUUCGUUUGGAGACCAGAACGAGGCCAUGCUUGAGGCGGCCAUUCAAGCCAUUGCUAAGAAAUCACAACUGGGGCGUGGGCCACCCCGCCCCAGGCCGGGGAACGACCCAGCAUCUCUGCCCAGAUUAAUCACUUUCCCCUAUUCCCGACAUUCAUCUUACCCAGAGCUUUGCCUUUUGGUCGGGGCUUUUAAACCGAAAGACGUAUGGCCCUGCACCGUCAGGCCGCAAGAAUGGGCCAUGAAUAGCAUUUCGAUUAAGAAACUCUUUGGAGGAUAUUGCUCAGGUACUAUAUUCAGACACGACCUUUUUAUGGAAUCCCUUAUCGAUGCUGGCCGUCCUAGCCAGAAGGAUGUCGACAGUCAAGCAACCGAUAGCUCGAUGGGAAUUCCCCUCGCGGAGCCCCUUCCAUUGAACCAAGCAACGGCGAGUACGGGCGCCGAGCUCCUCAGUGCCACAGAGUUGGCGACGGGGGUCGUUUUGGAUCAGAAUGCGGGCUCCAAUGCGCUCCGAACUCCGCGGGAGCGAUUGCUUGAGAGGGUUCAACAACCGGCGGACGAUGGCUCUGCCAUCUCGCAAAGUGCGUGCGAAAUGAGAGCCGAGGCGUUUCGAUCAAUGAUAGGAAACGUCGGGGGCCAGGAGUGGCGACAUAUCGGGCUUAUCUCCGUGUCUGACAACCACACAUCCCUAGAAGACGAACUCGGAGAGCGGUGA